AGCUUCCCUCCUCUGCGCUCCAAUCAAUACAAGGCCGUGAACCCCCAGCUAUUCGGGCGAGCCUUCCACCCGCCAUCAAUACCAUUCCCACCACCUCCACCCCAACAUUCACCCACCACCGCCGCCGAAAAUGUCGAACGAAAGCGCCGCCUGGCCCGUCGCCGACCAAGCCAUGACGCAGGAAAUCCUGGAUCUCGUGCAGCAGGCCUCGCAUUACCGCCAACUCAAGAAGGGCGCCAACGAAGCGACCAAGACGCUCAACAGAGGCAUCAGCGAGAUUGUCAUUUUGGCUGCCGACACUGCUCCUUUGGCCAUUCUGCUGCAUUUGCCGUUGCUGUGCGAGGACAAGAACACACCUUAUGUGUACGUUCCGAGCAAGAUGGCGCUGGGGAGGGCGUGCGGUGUAAGCCGCGCCGUCAUUUCCUGCAGCAUCAUCACCAACGAGGCCAGCGAUCUCAUGAACCAGAUUCGUGCGCUGAAGGACAAGGUGGAGAGGUUGAUGAUCUAAGAUGCGCUCUGGGCGCCUAAUUGGAGGGAAGAUGGGAGGCGAUGUUGCAACAGAGAGGGAUUCUGAGAUACUCGGGCACUUCGCUCCGUAGGUACUUUUCCACAGUUCAAAUCCAACCACAUUUCAAACAAGUCAGUGAUUUCUGCUUUCUUCAGCUCUUGUUUGUAUCACUCGUCGAAUCGAUGCGUCUCCAGUCUUCGCAUGGACAUUCUGGAACUCUCAAGGAC